AAAGCCAGGUGUGUUUCUCCUCUGUGAAGGAUCUAUGAUGGGAGGCAGCCUGUUCUGUGUACCAUGGACAAAAGCAUGAUCAAGACCAUCCUGAUUAAAGAGUGUUACAACAUCUUCACCAACCGCAGAAACUUCCAUCUGAAUGGGGAGCUGUUUGACGCGGUGUCCGUUGCCGAGGACGAUACAUGGAGACGGAUCCGCAGUGUCCUCUCACCUUCCUUUACCUCUGGACGACUGAAAGAGGUAGAACCAUCCCUCCAUCUCUCCCUUUCUAUGUUUAUCAACUUGUUAUAAACGCUUUAUAGCUUG